GCCACGCCCAAAUCGGAAGUACCAGGCAAAAUUUAUUGACGAAGAAGGUAGCUGGCUGCCGAUCCCUGAAGCUACUAGCUAUUGUUCUUUUUGUUCGCUAAAUGAAUAGCGUAUGUAGCUAAUCAGCUAGUAAACGAACACAGAAAAGAGACGCAUCGUAGUUGCAGCUUGCAGCAUUAUCAAAAUCGUCUCAUGAGUGGACGCGUAGCUCUCCGGAAAUCGCUUUCGACUGCUGCGUAAACUGACAGUCGACAUUAGAAUAUGGAGCACAUCCGAACUCCAAAGGUUGAGCAGGUGAAGCUCCAGGACAGGUUCAGUAAUAAGUGCACCACAGGAGACCUACACCUGACUGCCACCCACCUCAUCUUCGUGGAGAGCACAUCAGCAAAUGCACAGGAGAUUUGGAUCCUGCACCACCACAUCACCUCGGUGGAGAAGCUGCCUCUCACCGCCAGUGGCUGCCCCCUGGUCAUCCAGUGCCGGAAUUUUCGGGUGGUGCACUUUGUGGUGCCGCGGGAGAGGGACUGCCAUGACGUCUACAGCUCGCUGCUCCAGCUGCUGCGGCCAGUGUCGUACGACGAGCUGUACGCCUUCUCCUACAACCCCAAGCAGAACGACCAGCAGCGCGAGGAGGGCUGGCAGGUGAUUGACCUUGCUGCGGAGUUUGAGCGCAUGGGCGUGCCCUGCGACCAGUGGCAGCUGACCGACGUCAACAGGGACUACAAGGUGUGUGAGACAUACCCUCGGGACCUGUACGUGCCUAUCACUGCCAGUAAACCCAUCAUUGUGGGGAGCUCCAAAUUCAGAAGCAAAGGCCGCUUCCCUGUCCUGACAUACUUCUACCAGGACAAGAAGGCGGCGGUGUGUCGGUGCAGCCAGCCCCUCUCUGGCUUCAGCGCGCGCUGCCUGGAAGACGAGUACAUGCUGCAGGCCAUCAGCAAAGCCAAUCAUAACAGCCGCUUCAUCUACGUCAUGGACACACGGCCCAAGCUGAAUGCUCUGGCAAAUCGGGCAGCCGGAAAGGGCUACGAGAACGAGGACAACUACUCCAACAUCCGCUUCCAGUUCGUGGGCAUCGAGAACAUCCACGUCAUGAGAGCGAGCCUGCAGAAACUGCUGGAAGUGGUGGGAACACGCUCUCUAUCCAUCUCAGAGUACCUGUUGGGGCUAGAGAGCUGUGGCUGGCUGAGACACAUUAAGGCAAUUGUAGAUGCUGCCAUCUUCCUAGCCAAGGCUGUGACGGUCGAUGGUGCCAGUGUGCUCGUUCACUGCUCAGACGGGUGGGACCGCACAGCUCAGGUGUGCUCUCUGGGGGCGCUGCUGAUGGAUCCUUACUACCGCACCAUCAAGGGCUUUAUGGUCCUGAUCGAGAAAGACUGGAUCUCAUUUGGGCACAAGUUCGGAGACAGGUGUGACCAGCUGGAUGGAGAUCCUAAGGAGGUGUCCCCGGUCUUCACACAGUUCCUGGAGUGCGUGUGGCAACUGACUGAACAGUUCCCUCAGGCCUUCGAGUUCAGCGAGUGGUUCCUGAUCCAGAUCCACGAGCAUGUACACUCCUGCCAGUUUGGCAAUUUCCUGGGCAACAGCCAGCGCCAGAGGGAGGAGUUACAGGUGAAAGAAAAGACUCAUUCUUUGUGGUCCUCCCUGUUGAACGAGCAGCAGAACUACCUGAACCCUCUCUACAACCCAAGCCUGGCUGAGUCACAGCCAGUCCUGGAGCCCAGCACUUUGCCCUGCCACUUCAAGUUCUGGAGAAACAUGUACCACCAGUAUGACCGGACAAUGCACCCUCGCCAGUCCGUCCUUAAGAACCUGCUCACUCUGAGAGCGCAGAGCAAAGAUCUGGAGAACACAGCCCAGCAGCUGGAGACUAAGUUGCGGAGCCUGGGCGUGAGCGCCCCACCCCUGGACAUCCGUGCUCCACCUAGCCACAUUGCCCCACCUGCAAGGCCCCAGUCUCUCAUCUUGGGGGCGCCCUUCAGCUGUAAAGAGGCGGAGGAGGAGGAGGAGGAGGAGGGGAGGGAGGCAGAGCCGGACUGCGGUGGCAGAGAACGGACAGUAGAGGGCAGCAGUGCCACCGACAACGGCUAUGCAGAGCUGCAGGACUCUUUCAGCACUAAACCUGAGCUCGCGGUUGUCAGCCUGGAGUUUGGUGUGGCCCGCAUGACCUGCUGAGCAUUGUGGGAUAGCUGGAGAGGUGGAGUCGGUCUGGCACCGGAGGAGCCACACCCCCCAGCGAUCCCCCACUAUGCUGGCAUGUGUCAUACAUGUACAGGGUGGAGCCACCCGUCCCAUAAUCAGUACCUGAAUGAGAAAAUACGAAACAUCACUGGCAUUAACUGGUCCCAGUGCGGCUCUUAUUUUGUAAAGACUGUCAAUAGCGCUCAGUGAAUGGAUGAAUGAACAAAUCAAUGGAUAAAUCAGCAGAUGAAUAAACCCAUUGGUGGGGUUACCAGGGUUGCAGCUACCA